GUCACACGCUAUAUACAGUAUUCGAAUUUUAGUUAUGUAGCCUCUUAUUUCUUGUAAAAAGUGACGAUUUCCCCUCUUUGUGUUGAUAUAUUAAUUGAUUUAAUUUAGUCACAUGUUGCCCGCAGUGACCUAGUGGAAUUUUAGUGCCAUGUUUAAGUGUAUUCCUAUUUUUAAGGCGUGUAAUCGCCAAGUGGAGUGGAUAGAUAGACGACAUUGCAAUUUACAAUCUGUACCCGACGAUGUAAUGCGCUAUACAAGAUCGCUAGAGGAGUUAUUUCUUGAUGCAAACAGUAUCAGAGAAUUGCCGAAGAAUUUCUUUCGUCUCGUUCAACUGCGAACUGUGACUCUUAGCGACAAUGAAAUUUCCAAACUGCCCCCUGACGUCGCUCAGCUGGUCAACAUGGUCGAACUUGACAUCAGCAGAAAUGACAUUGGAGAAAUUCCAGAGAACAUCAAGUUCUGCAAGAACCUUCAGGUCCUUGACAUCAGCAGCAACCCACUUGUUGCCCCGUUACCAGCAGGGAUUACGCAGUUACGGAACUUGACAAGACUUGGACUCAAUGAUGUCUCAUUGUCUUGGCUGCCAAAGGACAUUGGAAGCCUCAGUAGCCUGGCCCACCUGGAGCUACGGGAAAACAUGCUACGCCAGCUUCCAGCGUCCAUGUCCUUCCUCGUGAAGCUGGAAAGUCUAGACCUGGGGAGCAACGAGAUUGAUGAACUGGCCGAGUGUGUGGGCUCUCUACCAAGUCUUCAAGAACUCUGGCUGGACUGUAAUGACCUUCAACAACUACCUCCUGAGCUCGGUAACCUGAAGAAGCUUACACAGCUUGAUGUGUCCGAGAACGAACUCGAGUAUCUGCCGGAGGAGAUAGCUGGCCUGUCCAACCUCACGGACUUGUGUCUCUCCCAGAACAAGCUGGAGAGGCUCCCAGAGGGCAUAGGUCAGUUGAAGAAACUUGGCAUCCUGAAGGUGGACUGUAAUCAGUUGAUCGAGCUCACUCCACAAAUAGGAUACUGUGAAAGCCUAGAAGAGCUCAUCUUAACAGAAAACCUACUCUCUGAGCUGCCCCACACAAUCGGGGAGCUGCGGAAAUUAACCAACUUCAAUGUGGAUAGAAACCGGCUCACAGAGAUUCCCACAGAUAUUGGUCGAUGUAAGAAACUCGACAUCCUGUCAAUGCGGGACAACCUCCUCCUCCGUCUGCCACAGGAACUUGGCUACCUGAAAGAGUUACAUGUCCUUGAUGUCUCCGGAAACAGACUGGAGUACCUUCCUAUCACUGUCACCAACCUGAAUCUGCGUGCCCUGUGGUUAUCAGAGAACCAGGCCCAGCCCAUGUUGAAGUUCCAGACAGACUUUGAUGAGCGGACGGGCCAGAAGGUCCUCACCUGCUUCCUUCUGCCACAACAGGCCUUCCACACCGAGAGCAUGGUUGAUGAGGUGGAUACAAUGGACCCUAUUGUGCGGAUGGAGCUUGCCAACAGGGCUCGAUUUGGGGCAAGAGGGGCCCUUAUUUUGGGAAAAGGGCCAGCGGAGAACCUGCUGCAGGGCUCUAUAGCUACUGAUAAGGACAGCCGACUGAGCUGGAAGGAUGACAGGCCUGAGAAAGUACGGGAAAGUGUCAUCAGGUUUGCCGAGACCAACGAUGAUGAAGAGGAGAGUGAUGAUAGUGACUUUGACAAGCCGUUCGUCCGCCAUGACACGCCCCAUCCAAAGGAGCUGAAGGGCAAGCAUCCCAAGUUCAAGGCCACCAAGGGCAUUGACGGGCAUGUGAUCCCACAUCAUGAAGAUGCCAAACAGGUGAGCUCAUUCGUCCCCCAGCGUGAGAGUUACGCCCUGGCUGACAUGACGAUGGAGAUUCCACCACCAAAACGGGAGAGACCUCACCCACCAGAGAGAAAAUCCUCCAUCCGGGAAGAACCUGUCGUUGUCAGAGCUCCAGAACUGGAGACAAAACGACUGGAUUCAGAACCCCGCAGUAAAUACAUCGAAGAGAAAACACCAGCAGACGAUUAUGAAAGUGAAGAGGAGGACCCACCAAAAGAAUCCCAGCCAUUGCUACGUGAGGUAACCAUAGUGACAACCACAAUGACGAUUCCGCAGCCCGCCGCCUUGGAGGAGGAUCGUGAUGCGGAUGAGGAGGAAAAUGAGGAUUCAGAUGAGGAUGAAGAGGAAGAUGAGAAAGAUGAGGAUGAGGAUGAUCGAGACGAUCAGCAUGACGAUGAGGUGGACGAUGAAGAAGACAGUGAUGACUUGUACCAGGAGAAGCGUGUCGGCUUCGCAUCUGAUCUUGACUUCGAAGAGGACGAUCGUAAGACGCCGCUACGUCGACGAGACACACCACAUCACAAGAAGGGGAAGAGAAUCGUCAUUACUGAUGACGCCAAGGACAAGGUCCUUGAAAUACUGGCACAAAAGAAACAGGAUAAUGAGACAGAGGUAGUUGAGGAAGAAAUCCGUGUGUCCAUUCACAGACAACCUGGCAUGGGGCUGGGUAUAUCUAUAGCUGGGGGCAAGGGAUCCACACCCUUCAGAGGCAUGGACGAGAGCAUCUUCAUUUCGCGGGUGACGGAAGAUGGACCAGCCGGCCAGGCGGGCAUUCGGGUCGGGGAUAAACUACUUUCUGUUAAUGGUGUCACCCUCCAUGACUCUGACCACUAUGAAGCUGUUGAUGUGUUGAAAAGCAGCGGUAAUGACAUCACCAUGGUGGUUGGACGGGAAUCCAUUGUUCCUAAAAAAUCUGAAGUGGAGGAAGAAGAAGAAGAGGAAGAGGAGGAAACUGAAGAAAUAGAGGCUAACAAGGAAGAAGAGGAGCGUGAGGCCAUCUCGGAGCCGGUUCCCCCGGCCAGUUUCGCAACUGUGACUUUCGAGCCGGAGCCAGGAACCGAGGUGUACGGAGAACAGGUGGAGACAACCCUGUACAGGAACGAGGGCGGGCUGGGUUUCAGCAUCGCUGGAGGUCGGGGAUCUGUGCCGUACAAAGGGAAUGAUAACCGAUUUUAUUCAUUUCUUGAGGCGAUCUAUAUAUCUCGUAUUGUGGAGAGUGGACAGGCAGACAGGGACAGUAAACUGCUGGUCGGUGACAAGAUUAUAUCAAUCAACGGUGUGGACCUAACUGAUGCCCGCCAUGACCAGGCAGUGAAUCUCCUGACCGGCCCAGACAAGGAGAUUAGGCUUGUUGUUUAUCGGGAAAACAUUGUUAAAAAGGAGGAGGCAGAAAAGCAUCCGCCCAAGGGUGAAAAAGUUGUGAACUUCACCCAACCCAGGAUCAUCUGGAAUAAAACUGUUGCUACAACAAUUCCUGCUGAAACGAUCACGUUUAGCUCUGCUCCUCCAGCAUACAAUGAAGUAGUGGAUGUGGACGCUUUUGAAAACAAUCAAAACUAUCCACCAUCAAAAGUAUCCCCAGUGUCACCACCACCACCAUUGCAACAACAGCAGCAGCAGCGGCCCCCAUCACCACCCUCACCGUCGCCACCCCCUCUCCCCUCUGUACCAGUUCCAACCCUCUCCCCUGCCCCAAAACAACAACACCACUCCCCCUCCCCCUAUACCCAUGCGAUACCGGCCUCGUACAACUACCCCUCUCAGUCAUCUCCCCCUGCACAGACAUUGCAGCAGGCCUCAUCCCCCUCGCUCAGUCCGCGAACAUUGUCAUCCGACUGGAGUUCUCCACCUGCCGCCAUCCAGCCCCCAAAAUUCCAAUAUCCCGGAAUCAAACGACCCGGGUCACGAUCAUCAGCCACGGAACAAAACAGAGACUCUACUGGUGCAACUAAAAGAGACUCAAGUCCUAAUGUCGGCUCUAGUGUUAGUGGUACUCCAAAACCUGCUGGGGAUUAUAGUGUAUUAAACUCGAGUGUACAUAGCGAAUCUAGGGAUGUAACUGACAGUAACAAAUUUAGUGAUAGGGAAACCCAUUCUGGGCAUAGAACUGUGACAGUAGAACGGCAGAGUUUAACAAUGCCGGCAAAACCGGAACCUGUAGCCAAUCAUGUAGAAAAAGACUCUAGUAAUAAUAACGAGGAAAAGUACCCAUUAGAAGACUGUGUGAUAGUGAAAGCAGGCGGGCCGCUAGGGCUGAGCAUAGUGGGUGGCAGUGAUCAUUCUAGUUCACCAUUCGGGGAGGAAGAACCUGGAAUAUUUGUUUCCAAGAUUAUACCAGACGGGGCGGCCUCCAAGACAAACCUUCAUAUAGGAGACCGCAUUCUGGAGGUUAACGGUCGAAACAUGACGAGUGCUACCCAUCAAGAGGCUGUUAUGGCCCUAAUAGCACCUACAUAUGAAAUCAGAGUGAAAGUCCGGCAUGACCCACCACCCAAGGGACUUCAGGAGGUGUCUAUAAACAAGCGUCCUGGGGAGAAACUGGGUAUGUCCAUCAAGGGCGGGAUGAAGAAUUUCCCCGGGGAUGAAAACAGUGACGAGGGGAUCUACAUCUCAAGGAUAACGGAUGAUGGAGCAGUUGCACGUGACAGCAGAUUGAAGGUCGGACAGCGGAUACUGGAGGUGAAUGGCCAGAGUCUGCUGGGAGCCUCACACCAGGAGGCAGUGCGAGCCCUUAGAAGUGUGGGAGACCGCCUUGUGAUCAUGAUAUGUGAGGGCUUUGACCCAGCCACCUUGGAUGAACCCUCCCCAGACACCCCGAGCUCACCCCUGGGCUACAUACCCCAGAUGAGGAAGGCCUCCGUCUCCAGUAUUGACAAAGAGGAUGCUGAACAUCUACUUAUCAUGAAGGAGAAAGAGAUGGUACAAGAAACCAAGCAGUGGGAGAGGGAGGAGUUGGCUAAACUGGAGAAGAUGAGAGAGGAGCGGGAGGAGGCAGCAAGGAGAUUGGAGGAGGAGAGAGCCAACACAGACAAUGAUAACCAGCUAAGUUCUAUCAUAGUACCCCAAGUGCCUGUGGUAGCUCCACCCCAUUAUGUGGCUGCUCCACCCAUCACUGAGCAGGCCCGGCCUGCAGUAUCUCCACAAGCGACGUCCAUCCCACACCAAGCCACACCCUCAAUGACCUAUAAGUCAUCAAAGGGCCGGCCAUCAUUCACUCCCCCUCCCCCUCCAUCAAGGAUGGACAAGAUGGAAGCCCCACCCACUGCUUCAGUAACCCUGCCAACAAAGACAGUAGCAGCACCUCCCCCUGUGGAAGUGCUACCCCAGCCUACUGCGACUAUCACUGCACCCCCAGUAGUUCGGGCCCCGCCCUCAGCAGCCAAGAUUGCCCAUGACCUAGCCCAUGCCAAGGUCACACCCACUAAACCUGCAGCUCCGUCUCCGAGUUCAAAACCGGUCAUCACUAAACCAAAGCCUACCCCUCCGGUUCCCCCGAAGCCUACUACAAAACCGGCACCAGAUAACCAUGACGGACCUAAGAUGUCAGAUUCACCAAAACUGACACCAAAAUCAAACAAGCCACCAACGUUACCGCCAAAGCCAGGCAGCAUUACCCCGAGGUCGGGCAUUGACAAUUUACUGCGACAGUCACGCGUACCUAGUGCAAAAAUAGACGAAGGCGUGGUGGUAGAAAAGCCAAAAAUGCCAGAGAAACCGGUGUAUGGCAGCGGAUCAAAACCAAUUGCUCAUGGUGCGUCGUUCAACACCAAGAAACGCUUCUUCGAGCACGAGAUUGUUGAGCAAUCGAAAGAAGCUGAAAAAACUCAGGCGUUUUCACAUAACAAACGGAAUGUGAAAGCUGAGAAAGCCCUUAACCUGAGCCAGGAAGAACUGCUGUCUAAUGCGAGUACCGGCGAUGAGGAGUACAACAAGGUUCUCUCCAGUCUGGGAAUAAGUCCCCUGAACGUGAUGCGCACAUUGGGCCCAAGCACAUAUACACCUGCAAAUAACACACAGGAGUCUUUGUCCGCGGGUACUAACCCGGAUUAUAAAUUGUCGCCUUCAGAAGAACGUGCACGGUUAGCGGAAAUGCGGUCCGCAUCUAGGCAGGCCAGAAUGAAGGACCUUGAGGAUGAUGCUAUAAGAGCACAGGCUGUCAUCGCGAAAGCUCAGGAACUUCAGAAUGAUAGCUCCAAGUCCACCACAAAUCAGAAUGGCGAGUCAAAUGCCAGUAACAAGGUAACUUGCAUGAGCACCCCUGGCGACUCCCCUAAGCUUGUAAUAACCCGACGCACGGGAGACACCUCUGUCCGGGAAUCUUCCCGUGUCCUCGACGAGAAAGUCUCGCAUAAAACUGUCGAGGUUAUGGACGAAAAGACUGGCAGACCUACCAUACAGACUCUGCAACUUGUGCAGAAAGUUAUAGAAACUGAGGUAGAGGUCACCAAAAGACAAAUUAUUGAGCUCAAUUUAGAUGAUUCAAACAAUCCUAGUGAAAAUAGGUAGUAACAGCUGUAUAUAUUGGUAUGAAUGUUGAUUUUCUACAUUGAGUGAAUGCCAGCCAAAUGGUUCAUAAGCAGUUGUUCACCAAGAAGGCAUAUCAGCUGCUGCAAGUCUACAAGAGAGUGUUUCGAAAAGGGACGUUUGCAAUAAGAAGAAUUUCGUAGGGUUUUAUUUGCAUUCAUGAAUAUGUGAAAUUUGAAAUUUCACUAAAAAAUACAACAGGACUAGGUUGAUUAAUGUUUGGUGUUCAAAUAUAUUCCACUUGUUGUUUUUGGUUGAAGCAGAUUUGUUUGACAAAGAGGUUUGGGGGCGAUUUUAAAGCUAUUUUAGAGUUGGAUGGAAAGUUAUGUUGUGGCCUACUUCAUGCUACGUUGAAUGGUGUGCAGUUGUUAUUCUUUAAACAUCCUGUGCUUGCUGGGGCCAUUUUCACUGAUGUCUUGAAGCUAAGUUUGAGACAAACAAAUUCUUAAAUAUUUCAAAAUAUUUUUAUAUGCUUUAUUUUGUCAUAAAAUAUUCAAACAACCUUAGAACAUGUUCUGUUAAACAAGUUAAUGUUCUUCCAAUCAAAUGUUAUGAAGAAUAUCAGUUUUGAGUCUUCAGUCUCAAGCUUAGACUUAAAAUUUUAAUGAAUAUGGACCCAGAAAAUAGUUUUAUAUGGAAAAAAAACUGUGUUAAGUAAGCUUUUAAGCUUAUCUUGUAGUUAUCAUGUCAACUGCAGUUAUUUUUGUAUUGAAUCUUACUUAAAUUGAGCUGCAUAUACUGGUCAGCACAAGCAUAUGAUGGAAAAGACUUAAAUAUGACAGUGUUUUUUGUGUUCAAAGGUGAUGAAAGGAUUAUGAUGUAUAAAUAUUACAUUUAUGUGAUAUUUUUGGACAUAUUUUAUACCCCUAUUUAUAUCUACUAUUCAUUUAGACUUUUGUGAUCUGUUUUCAAGGUUUUUGCAAUGUUUGAGUUUGUGUUUUGUUUGACUAAGGAAUUUGGUUCCUAAAUAUCAUAGUUACUUAUGUUAUUACCUUUCAGAAAGAUGAUGUAACUUCAUAUUUACACAUUUAAAGAAUUUCCUGUAAUCUGAUUGGUUGAUGUUGAUGAUUUUGAACAUAGUUAAUGAAAUUUCUGCGAUCUGAUUGGCUGAUGUCUUUCAUUUGAACACAUUUGAUGAAUUUCCUGCAAUCUGAUUGGCUGAUGUCUUUCAUUUGAACACAUUUGAUGAAUUUCCUGCAAUUUAAUCGACUGAAGUCAUUUUAUUUUUGAUGGUAAAAACUAAUUUUGUAGACAUAUUAUUGCAUUAACCACAUAGUUUUAUGAAUAGGAAUUUGUGGCAGUCAGUAUUUUAACUGUAUUCAAGAUAUACCUAAGAUAUAACAACACUUUUUUUCAAAUUAAAAAAUGUAAAAAUACACAUGAAAUGAGAAAUGUAAUCGACAAUGUUCUUAGGUUCAGCUGUGUUAGGUAAUAACCAAAGAUAUAGGGCCAAAGGCAUGUCUAUUAAGAAAAUUCAAAAUGUUAGUGUAAGAUUUCACAUUCACUUCAUAUACUUUCUGCAAUAUUUUAAUUGUAUGCUUAAAAGCCUGAUCCUUACUUCAAGUUAUAUAAACCCUAGCCAUAUACUGCUGGCCUAAAACAACCAUAUAUUUCAGUCUAGUCCACAAAAUCAUGCGGAAAUCGUGUCCACUAACUGAUUCACAGAUGACGUUCACUCUUUUAUUCAUAUGUUACAAAUUAUUUACAGUUAUAUAAUGCAAAAGUUAUUUAUUUAACAACUUCUUUAUUUUAAAUUGUAUUUUAAUUUUAUUUUUUUAUGAUUUAGUUGUUUUAUCCUAUUAUCAUAUAUGGUUGAUAAUCAUGGUGAAGAUUUUACCCCGAUUUUUAUUCCCAUUUCAAGUCAAAGAAUAAACAGCCAUUGAAAGAAAGAUUUUUCAUUCCUUAGCUUUAAGAGUCAAUAUGAUUGUCAUGAUUAUUGUACGUUUUAUUUUGUGUAGGAGAUAGCAACUUAUAAUAUCUGACACAAUCUUGAGGAAAAGGCACAAAUCAGUCAUGAACAAAGAAACAUAUCAAAUUAUCAGAAAGUAUUGCAUAUUUUGCUUGUGUAUAGAAGCCCUUUAUUUCUGUAUUUGCAUUUAGUUUAUGUCCUUUAAUUGUUUUAGAAACAACCCUGUAGAAUUGGUUUACUGGCUCAUUUUCAGCAGAAUUUUAAAUAAGAGUAUAUGUGAAGUAAUCUAGAUUGUUUAUUAUUCUGUUUAAUAUGUGGUUUCACUUUUUGUCAGAAAUCCUAAUAAGCUGCAUUUACAUUUUGGUGUUGGAACAUAUUGUACUAAAGUAUGAAUAUAGGUUGAAAAACAACAUAACUAAUGGUAUGUUCUGCAUUUUGAUUGAAAUUUAAAGGCUGGAAAUUUCUAUAGCGUUUAAGAUCAAUUGAAUGGGUCAGAAUUUCUUCAUACUGUUAAAAUUAAAAUAUAAUGCAAUCAAGAUCUAUUGUACUUAUUUUGCAUACAUUUUUAUGAGAUUUUUACAUUGUUAAACAAUUAUUUUGUUUUCUUUUGCUUUUAGUUGUAUUUAGCAUCAUUUUCUUAAUUUCCAUUUUUCGAAAAUGUGAAAAAAAAGAACUUCUUUUGGCUUAUAUGCUAGGCAAGGGGUCCAUCAUAUAGAUUCCAACCCAAGAUCUCUUUUCUAGGAGAGAUUUUCAAGAGUAAAUGUUGUACUGCACUGUUGAAAAUAUCUUCUAGGCCAGAAUUCUCAGCUUGUAGUCUUGAUGAAGAUGCAGUCUGGGCCCAUUUUCUUGACACAUCUAAAGCGUAACAAGCGUAGUAUCUUGUUCAAUUAAGCCAAUUUACUAACUUCAGCAUGACUUUAAAAAAUAAAAAAUUAUCUUGAAUAUGAUUAUUUUUUAAAAAUAUCUCAGAACUCUUCAAAAUGAGAAUACUACACAAAUCAAUACAAACAAAAAAGGAACACUGUUACAAGGCAGUUAAGAUGUUUCGAAAAUUUGGGGUCAGAUUAUUAUGCUACUAUAGAGAUUGGUAAUCAGUUAUUUGUAAUGGUUGUGUCCUUCAUCGUGCUUUCUUGUUUUAACCCUCGCAAAACAAAAUUACAUAUGACCUGGAAUACAUUAUAUGUCUUCUUAACAUUCUGGCUUUUCUCAAUUAUUAAUCAGUUAUCUCCUGUGGCCCGUUUAGGAUCAUCAUCUUGAUUAACAGACAAAAAAGCAUUGAUUCGUUUUCCAUUUCCCUGACUUGUUUUGAAUUUGCAAAAUAGUGAUCAGAGGACACUUAAAUACCUGUAUGAUGAUCUUUAAUGGAACAGGCCCAAAGUUUUUCUGUUUGGUACAUGUUCAUGAUUAUAAGCCUUUUUUGUUGUUUAAAAAUGAAUAAAAUAUUUGUAACGUAACAUGCCGUGUAAGAGUAUCCAUGUGAUGGAAUGGACUAUGUUUGUGUGAUUCAAUCUUAUAAGGAAUAUAGGAUCUUUUGUAAGAAAUUAUACUUUUGUAUGACACAGACAGUACUAGUUUAUUCCAUAAGCACUGCCAUGUCUGUUUUCUAACCUCUACAACUGCCUGUACAGAUUGUACCUUUUUUUGACAUUAUUACCAGAAAGUACAGGCAAAGACUUAAGAUCUGAGAGAUCAUGUGUUAUUUCAUUAUAAGGAUUGUAGAGUUGAGAAAAUCAAUGAAGAUCCAUAGAGCAUAUAAGGUGAAUUUCUGUGUAAGAUUGAAGUUUAUUUCACUGGGUGAUCAUAGCACAUAACAUAUAAAUUUAUGUGGUCCCGAGUGAAAUCAGUUUUGAUUUUGCACCGAAAUUCAGCAACUUUCCUGUAUACUUAACAUUAUAAAAAUAUGUCACAUUUAAUUGGCAUUUAUUAAAAAAUCAUAUGAUAUACAUCAAUUCGUUUCAUCAUUUCAGUAAUCAUAUUGUUUUUAAACAGAAUAGAAAAAAAAAAAAUACAUAACAUUUCUUAUUAUUUAAAUCAUGUUUUUUUCUGAAAAAGAUUAUAAAAUUCAAAGCUCUGAAGAUGCAAUAUUUUACCCAUAUAUAAAUCAUGUUUUACUUUGUAAUGAGGAUUAUAUAAUUCAGAAAAAAUAUACUUAAAAUACAAUGUCUGAUCCAUGUACAUCAUGAGUGCAUGUUCUGUGCCCUAAAAACAUGUAGCAUGUCGGAACAUUUCCAUGUGUUACUUCAAUCUGGUCUUGGGCUGAUUUCUCGAAUAAUCUUAAAUCUGUUAUAGUACUGUUAGAUGGCUUGGUUAAACUAAUCCCAAAAUGUUUUUAACAUGUACCUUUAAGCCAUUUUACUGUUAAGAUAAUUGCAGCCAACUUAAUUAUGUUCAGAGAAAUUGGGUUUAAAAUAGAUUUUUUGAAAGGGUUUAAACUGGUUGUUUUCAAGAUUUUUAGAGGAUUUAACCCCUGGCCCCAAUUUCUCGAAGCUUCCUAAGCUUAAAGAAUUUAAGUAACUUUGUUCAAUUAGCUAAAUGCAUUUGAUUCUGAUAAUAAAAAUGGUGUAUUGUCCCAAAACUCUUAACCAAGUAAAUAUUACACAAAUAAUAGAAACCCAAAAUAGCGAGCUUAGCUUAAUCCUGUUAUAAGGGACUUGAGAAGUUUCGAGAAACUGGGGCCUGUUCUUGUUUGUCAUUGACAUGCUCGGGUGUGGCCAUAUGUUAUGCUCUAUUAUCAUGAUGAUUACUAUUAUAAUACAUGUAGAUCUGUACAGUUAAAAUCAAUAAAAUAUUAUGAUCCAA